UAUAAUAAAGUUGGGUUAUAUUUUUGUUUUUAUUUUUGAUAAGUUUGUUCCUUUAACUAAAAAUAGUAUCAAAAAUUAAGAAAAAAAUUAUUAACAAUGAUGUUAAGACCCUAUAUAAAACUAGGAACUCUAUUCGGUCUCAAUAAAACUCUAUUCAGUGGUACUUAUAGUGUACUUUUUUCACAAAAAUACCUAACCCAAAGAACACUAUUAACAAAUGCACCAGUUGCAUCAAAGCCUUUAUUCAAAAAUACACCAAAGAUUCCUCAAAAUUCACAAAGCUUUCUAAUCUUAAGAAACGCCAGUAACACAUCUAAGCGGAAAGGGCAAAAUGAAAGUGAAUCAGAAUCAAGCACAUCUGAAAAUGAGGAUAUUCAAGACAAAAACACCAAAGUUUUGAAAAUAUCUGUGAACUCCUUGCGAAUAGAUGCAAUUUUGAGAAGUGCACUUGGGUUAGCUAGAAAUAAAAUUGAAAUGGCCUUUUAUGAGAACAGGAUCAGAGUUAAUGGUCAGAAGAUUUCAAAAAAGAGUGCCACCGUACAAGAGGGAGAUGAAGUGGAUUUAAUUAAAGGACCUGAUUUGAAGAAUCCCAACUUUAUUUAUGUUGCAAGAGUAGAAGUGUUAUCAGUUAAAGCGGGCGAAGAAAGUAUUUCAGUUAAAGUUAAAAGGUGUAAAUCCCUUUUAGUCGAUGCAUAUGAGUGAUAGGUAAUUCAUAAUCUACAAAUUUAUCUUCAAGAGGAUUCCCAAAGGGUGCUCUUUUAGGGUCAAGAACUGAAGACAAUAUUUCAUUUAAAUGCUAAUGUUACCGAAUUAAGAAAAUAUUUUGUUACUUUGUUUAAAAAUUUCAAUGUUAACUUUAAUCAACAAUUUAAAGGUUAUUAAAAAGAAAUUUAUUGUC